AUGGCGGACAGAUUAGACGAAGGCGUACGGACGGAGAGCAUAACUUUGAUUUUCAAAGGCGGACAGGCAGAGAAAAAUGGCGGACAACUUAGAGGAAGGCGGACGGACGGAAUCAAAGGCGGACAGGUAGAUAAAAAUGGCGGACAGCUUAGAGGAAGGCGGACGGACGGAAUCAAAGGCGGGACAGAGGGCAAUUCUUCUCCGAUGAUAAUUAGGAAUGAUAUGGGUGUGAAGCUGUUUAUAGAAAUAAAGAAGCAAGAGGUUGGAUUCAGUAUGUAUCCGCUUUGCAUCGAUACAAAUGAUAAAAGUACAGAGGAGUUACAAAGUUUUUAUUCAAGCAGUGGUGCAAUUAUGUGUAUUGAAGGUGGACAAAGAGACGCUAAUGCUCUAAACGUUGUUGAAUCAAACAUUGGUGAUUCUUGUUACAUACCCGAGAUGCAGAAAGUAAAUUAUAUAUCAGAUACAAAUAUAUCAAAUGUGGAGACGAAACAAUUGUACAAGGAUAAAGCAACUCUUGUGGCUGUAAUGAUGAAAUACAAAAUUAAAACUAGCUUCAAUUUUAGAGUUAAACGGUCAGAUACAAAAAGCUAUGUUUUAGAGUGUUAUUCGGAGAAUUGUUGUUGGAAAUUAAAGGCGUCUGUUAGGAAAAACACUGAUAUAUUCAAAGUAAGAUACUUCAACAGUGAGCAUACAUGUCCAUUAAGGGAUAGGGUAUUAAGUAAAGUACAAGCUACUGUUGGAUUUAUUGGUGCUUUUACAGCUCCAAAAUUGGUAAAUCAUAAGCGAAAACAUACUCCAAAUGAUAUAAUUGAUGAUGUUAGGGAAAUGUAUGGUGUUGAGAUUUCUUACCAGCAAGCAUGGCGUGCUAAAGAACGUGCACUAGAGUUGAUAAGGGGCAAUCCUGCAGAUGCAUAUAAAAAUAUGCCAAGAUACAUACAUAUGUUGGGAACGGUGUAUCCAAAUUCUUAUAUACGGAUGCACAAAUCAGAGAAAAAUGAAUUUAUGUAUCUAUUCAUUGCUUUAAGGCCUUUGAUGAGAGGGUUUGAGUUCUGUAGGCCUGUUGUUGUUGUUGAUGGUUCACAUCUUAGUGGAGCUUACAAAGGGACGUUUGUAUCCGCAAGUACUCUUGAUGGGGCAGGUUGCAUAUUACCAUUAGCUUACGGGAUCGUCGAUACGGAAAAUGAUUGUUCAUGGACAUGGUUCUUCACACAGUUCAAAAAUGCAUUUGGUGAGAGAGAAAAAAUGUGUGUUGUUUCUGAUAGAAACGAAAGCAUAAUUAAGAGUGUUAGUAUAGUUUAUCCAAAUGUUCCACAUUUUGCAUGCAUAUGGCACUUGUGGAAAAAUGUUUGUACAUACUACAAGAGAAGUAAAAACACUCUAAGUGAUCUGUUUUAUUCGAUGGCUAAGGCUUAUCGGAAAAAGGAUUUUGAAAAAUUGAUGGCUAAAGUGGAAAAAGUAGAUGGCAGAGUUAAAAAGUAUCUUGAAGAGGCUGGCUAUGAAAGGUGGUCUAGAUCUCAUGCAACCGUGAAUAGGGGUAGAAUGAUGACAUCUAACAUUGCGGAAUGUAUCAAUGGUUGUCUUGUUGAUGCACGGCAAUUACCUGUUUUGGACUUUUUGGAAGAAGCCAGAAUUCUAUUUGGUUCUUGGAACUGCAAAAAUAGAGAAAUAGCAUCUUAUACAAAGGAAACAUUAGGGAGGAAAUUUGAAGAGAUAUUGAUUAUAAACGCGUCCAAAUGUUCGAAAAUGAAGGUUGUUGCAUCUUCAGAAUUCAUUUUUUCAGUUUAUGAAGGUGGUAUAAGAUACAUCGUUUGCCUUGAGAGAAAGAAUUGUUCUUGUGGUAGAUUUCAGCAUGAUGAAAUACCUUGUGCGCAUGCAAUGGCUGUUCUGAAGAAGAAGAAUAUCAAAGAUGUACACCCAUACUGUUCUGAUUACUAUAAACCUGAUGCAUUAGCCAACACCUAUGCAGUUCCAAUGGAACCAAUGCCGGACAAAAGUGAUUGGACAGUUCCGGAAAGUGUUUUGGAAGAAGUUGUAUUGCCACCAAGAUACAAAAAAAGGCCUGGUAGACCAAGAAAAAAAAGAAAGAAAAUGCAGAUGAAAAGCUAA